GACACUGCCAGAGUACAGUGUGGAGCACUUGUUCCAGGAUCCACAGUCUUCUACCAACUCUGAGAUCUUCCGACCUUGGAUCAGGAAAUAAAAUGAUGGAAGUUCAGUCCAGGAUGCACCCUGACAUUCCUGAGAAUGGAGAAUUACCUUCUAUGGACAUCACCGAUAAUUUUAUCCCGCAGGAAAGUGGAGGAGAGGAUGAAAAACCUGUGUCAAACUUACAGAGGAGACGCAGCGAUGUUAAAGUGUACAAAGAAAUCUGUGACUUCUAUGCCAGAUUCAACAUGGCGAAUGCUCUGGCGAAUGCAAUGUGUGAGCGCUGUAGGUCUGGCUUUGCCCCUGCAGAGAAGAUUGUGAACAGUAAUGGAGAGCUGUACCACGAGCAGUGCUUUGUGUGCGCACAGUGCUUUCAGCAGUUUCCAGAAGGGCUCUUCUAUGAGUUUGAGGGCCGGAAGUACUGUGAACAUGAUUUCCAAAUGCUCUUCGCCCCAUGUUGCCAUCAGUGUGGUGAAUUCAUCAUUGGCCGUGUUAUCAAGGCAAUGAAUAAUAGCUGGCACCCAGAGUGUUUCCGCUGUGAUAUCUGUCAGCAAGUCUUGGCAGACAUUGGCUUUGUCAAGAACGCAGGCAGACAUCUCUGCCGUCCUUGUCACAACCGAGAAAAAGCCAGAGGCCUGGGCAAAUACAUCUGCCAGAAGUGCCACGCCAUAAUUGAUGAGCAGCCACUAAUAUUCAAGAAUGAUCCUUACCAUCCCGAUCACUUCAACUGUGCCAACUGCGGCAAGGAGCUUACAGCUGAUGCUCGGGAAUUGAAAGGAGAACUCUACUGCCUGCCCUGCCAUGACAAGAUGGGUGUUCCAAUCUGUGGAGCCUGCAGAAGACCAAUUGAAGGUCGGGUGGUAAACGCCAUGGGAAAGCAAUGGCAUGUGGAGCACUUUGUAUGCGCAAAGUGUGAGAAGCCUUUCCUGGGUCAUCGUCAUUAUGAGAGAAAGGGGCUGGCUUACUGUGAGACUCAUUACAAUCAGCUGUUUGGAGAUGUUUGUUUCCACUGCAAUCGUGUAAUUGAAGGCGAUGUGGUGUCUGCUCUGAACAAGGCCUGGUGUGUGAACUGUUUUGCUUGUUCCACUUGCAACACAAAGCUAACCCUCAAGAACAAGUUUGUGGAAUUUGACAUGAAGCCUGUCUGUAAGAAAUGCUAUGAAAAAUUCCCUCUGGAGUUGAAGAAACGUCUCAAAAAGCUCUCGGAAACUUUAGCAAGAAAAUAAUAAUUUCCUUUAUAUGGGAUAGAAGACUGUCGGCAGGGUGCUAGUCGAGCAUCGAUCAUACAUUCUACUUGACUUUGUUCUGUUCACUGAGGCUGUUGCCUGCACUAACAUUCACGGCAAUCUAUUUAACUGCAUGAUAACUGUAUUAAACUACAAUGCACAUGCUAUUUAUUCCUUCACCUCCUGAAUACCUUCUUGCCUCGCUGCACUACACAGCAGCUGAAUCAAGUGUCAUUUUAUGUAUUGCAAUGUAUAGUCUCUGGUGCUUUUUUCAUGUCACUGUGUAGAACAGUAUUACUCCACUAUAACGCUGUGUAUGUGACUGAAAAGCAAACGUAUAUGCACUGGUGCAUACAGCAAGAACUGGUUAUAGACUUCUUAGAGUCACAUGACCCCAGGUUAGGUCAGAUGUUUCACAGCAGAUAAGUAACAUAUGGUUUGCUGAUGGAGAACAUAUGCUAUGCUAUAGUAUCAUCUCUUAUAUUUGUGACAUGUACAACAACAUCUCAAGAGUAUAAGAAGAAAAUCCAUUGAAAUAGACUUUUGCCCGUCAUGCUCCUAUGGGGGCUUGAUAUCUGACUGCAUUUUGGACCUUGCACAACCAAUGCAUAACUAGUGCCUUUACCCAUGUGGUAGACAGCAAACUCCUUUCUACUCACAGUGUAAUAUUAGAAAAGGGAAUCAUGGAAUGUACAAUAGCAGAGCAUUGAGAAUUACUUGAAUUUCACUUGUGCUCUGCAGUCUGCAUGUCAUUUGUAUUCAUUGCUUUACAUUGUUUAUUUUGUGCCUUAUACCUUCAUGUUGUCCUAACAUUAUACUUGUAGUCACUAUGCUAUAUGAACAUUUAUGACAAUUUUGAGCUUUUGGUGAUUUAUACUAUGCAGUAAACAACAUUGCUGCUCAGUCGCUGGCAGCUUGCUUAUACUUUGAACAUGUGAAGUAUUUUUAUUGCAAAUAUUAUCUUCAUACUUAAUGUUAUGUAGUCCUAACUUUAUAUAUAUAUGUGCCUAAAACUAUACUUUAAUGUAUAAGAUUAUUCACUUUUUUACACACUUGUAGGUCACUAUUCUCCAAGAUGUCAAUCACUUGCAGAGAGAAACUUAACAGUACAGUGGUCCCUCAACAUACGAUGUUAAUUUGUUCCAAACGAACCAUCGUUUGUCGAAUCCAUCGUAUGUUGAGGGAUUCGUGCAAUGUAAAGUAUAGGAAGCUGUACUCGCCUGUCCCUGCCUCUCGAGAUGGUGUCCCCGGGCCUCCGCUGGGCUCUCCGCUGUCUUCUCCGGUCCUCCGCUGUCUUCUUCAGUCCUCUGCUGUCUUCUCCGGUCCUCUUCUGUCUUCCGCAAGGCCUUACUGGGCCUGCGUAGCGACGUCAUUACGCCGCUGCGUACGCCAUUCCUAUUGGAUGACGUGCGCAGCAGCGUAUUGACGACCCGAAGGGCACCCUGGAGCAUCGUGGAGGGGUAAGUAAUACUUACCGCACCACACGGGGAACAUUAAGCUGCUAUCCGGCAGCAGCUUAAGCAUUUGGCGCUGUCGGAUAGCACUUAAUGCGAUGGCCCGACAUAAAAAAGCAUCGUAUGUCGAUGAUGACAUCGACAUGCGAUGGCCUCUGAGAGGCCAUCGUAGGUCGAUUUCAUCAUAUGUCGGGGCCAUCGUAGGUCGAGGGGUCACUGUAUAUAUGGCCAUCCUGACUUUCUCUGUAGUGAGACUUGAGUAUAUCAGAAGCUAUAGAGAUUCAGGUUCACAAAAACCUGUAUUAAAGAAAACUAUGCAUCACACAGAUGUUUUGCUAUCUUGCCAUUAAGUGGAAAAAAAGCUGGUUCUAUUGCAACAAUAUUGUCUGGAUAUUUUUAUAAAUCUCUUAAUAAAAUCUAUACACUUA